AUGGACAGUUCCAAGGGAUCCCGCCAUGAUCUCGCCGUGGCAGGAGUCAUGAUUCACAUAAUUUGUGAUGCUGCAAAUAACUUCGGUGUUAUAAUUGCAGCCUUGGUAAUCUGGCUCGCUCGCUAUGGUGGGAGGUUUUACGCGGAUCCUGCAGUGAGUAUGGGUAUAGCAGUUACGCUCUUCUUGUCAUCUUUGCCUCUGAUCAAAGAUACUGGCCUUAUACUCCUCCAAAGCGCUCCAGACGAGGUCAACCUCGAUGACGUGAAGCAUGACUUGGAACAGAUACCGGCCGUUCUUGGUGUCCAUGAACUUCACAUCUGGCGCUUGAAUCAGAGGAAGUGUCUUGCCUCCGCACAUAUUGUCUUGUCCGAUGAUGAUCAAGUCGAUUUUAAGGAAAUAGCCAAGACUAUCAAUGAAUGUUUUCAUGCAUAUGAAAUCCAUUCAGCUACACUUCAACCAGAGGUUAUCGGAAGGAGGCUAAGUCCCGAAACGGCAGGGCCUUUGGAAGAAGGAAAGGUAAACAAAACAACUGACAAAGAUAGAGCAAGACCAAAUCUCGAAGGCGUAAUCGAACAGUGCCAAAUCGGCUGUGGAACGGCGUGUGUGGAUUUCUAUUGUUGCCAGUGA